UCUUGCAGCAAAUUGGUCUGACAUCUUACAUGCAACUCAUUGCUCAAGAGACGGAGCAAAUUAACUUUAAGUAAUGAAAUAUGAAAGAGAAUGUUUUAUGCUUUUGUUUAUUUGCCUUUGUAAUUGGACGGCAUUGUAAUUUACAUAACAGUCAAGAUCCUCAUAACGAAAAAGGUCUGGAGUAACCAGUAAAGAGACACCGACAACCGCACUUCUGCAUUCAGCAAAUCUGAAUUCCAGGACUGUACACACAGCGCAUUUUACGGGAAAUUUAAAAAAUGCAGCCUUUGGCAGUCAUUUGUAUUUUAUUGGCCCUGGGAUGUUCUUGGGGGAUUCAAGCAGAAGCACCACCGUGUUUGUUGGAAAAACCAGGGGACUUUUAUGUCAUAGGGAUGUUUCAAGUUUGCACGUACAUCAAUGAUGUGGAAAUUGACCAGUUUAUGAAUGCAUUGGUAAAUUCCUUUGCAUUUACAUUGAACUUCAUUCAGAGUGAUUUUUCUGGAUUUACAUUGGGAUACAAGCUCUUCACUUCCUGCGGAAACUGCCUCAGUAGUGUAUAUAACUGCUACUUUGAUGGUGACUGUCAUCUGUAUGAUAUUCCUGUGAUUCUUUAUGUGACACAAGACACCCUGGACUAUUUAUUUGAAUUUGGAGGUGGAACCACAAAGGUUGUGAUGAAUGAAAGAACUUUGCCUUCAUUUUUACCAAAUCUGGUCACUUUUAGUCAAGUAGCCGAGUCCUUCUUUGUCCAAAACAAAUGGGACCUUGUGGGAGCUGCUUAUGAAUCAUGCAAUGACUUUGCAGAAUAUGGAAAUCAAAACAGUUCCAAUUAUUGCAAUGACUGGAAGAUUUUAUUCAGUAAUUUUCAAGAAAAUGUAAAUGAAAUCAAGCAGAGCAUUAGGAAAAAUAAAGAUAAUGCCACACUGUACUUUGGUGACUUACUGGAUUUUAAAGAGCUAAUUAGUGAGACAGGAAACAUGCAAAAGCCUUUUGUAUACUGCUGUCUGGAAACAUUAGAGGAUUUGGCAGAUGUCAGUAAAAGUCUGAAUGGCACAAUUCUGAUCUACAAAGAAAUACGAGUUGAUAAUGGUUUUUACAGCUACUUUAAGGAAGCCUUCAGAAAUCUAAGCAUCUUUAUGAAUUCUAGCCAAGUAAAUGUUACAGUGACGUGUCAAAAUGACACUAGCGACAACAUUGAAUAUCAUUUAAGGAUUCCAGUUGCAAUGAGAUAUGUUUACAGUUUUAUUCAGAUACUUUAUAAAGCAGUGAACAAUACAUGCCUAGGAAAAAUGUCUGAGUGCCAAAAUUCGACCAUUAAGUUUCAAUCUUCUACACAGAAUGAAACUUCCCUGCUCCAAAAUUAUAUUACAGUAGCAACUGAAAAUGUUUAUGACUUCAAAAUUUAUAGAGCUGUCACAAAUAAAACAGAUAUGGAUCUAACCUGCUACAACAUCACUCAAACUGAGAAAUUGCAUUUGUGCGCUACAAGUUGUAACGUGUCACAGAAAAUGACAAUGGUCGGGACCUGUUGUAUGCAUUGUGAGGCCUGCCCAGAAGGGACAUUCAGCAAUGGAACAUAUUGCGUGGAUAACACCAUUGUACAUGACAUCUUGAUCUGCAUCCUGUCCCCAAUAGGCAUCCUCCUUUGUUUUGGUGUUUUUAUUGUCUUUCUAAAAUAUGCCGACACCCCCAUUGUGAAAAGUUCAGGAGGAAGCAUCUUCUACUGCUACUUGACUGGCCUCAUCAUCGCUUUCUCCAGCUCCUUCCUGUUCGUUGGGAAGCCAACAGACGGUGUAUGUAUGGUAGGCCUGCCUCUGUCUGCACUGGGAUUCGCUCUCUGCCUCUCCAGUAUUCUUGCUAGAUCUAGCCACAUACUGCUUGCCUUUUCCCACACCUCAGAGAGGCCAACCAAGUUCCAGCGGUAUUCCUACAUUGUAAUCAUAGUGAUCGGUACUCUAGGAGAAUUAAUCAUUUGUUGUCUGUGGAUGAGGUUGGAUCCCCUCCAUUUCCAGUUUUUGCCUUUUGGACAGGUAUUUACUAACAUGGGUUGUAAAUGCAAUCACAUGUAUUGGUACUUUAUUUGCUUUGGCUACCUUGCUCUUCUGUGUUUGACUUCAUGGACCCUGGCCUUAAAAAGCCACUCUUUGCCUCCUAGUUUUAGUGAGUCCAGCUCCAUCUCCUUCAGCAUGAUGAUCUUUCUCACCAUCUGGAGCUGCGUAAUCCUCAUCAUUGUGAGCAAAAAUGAAGAGCUACAAGCAGUCAUUCUUGGGGUGGCCAUAUCCGUGUCUUCCUGGGGUUUCUUGAUGUGCAUUUCUCUACCUAAGGUUUACAUCAUCCUGUUCAGACCAGAAAGAAACAGCCAAAAGUGGAUAAGCUUCAUUACAUUAGAGUACUGCCAUGAGGUUGCUUUUAAGGCUGACCUGAAAUUUGAAGCCCAACGAUCAUCUAUCUCGACAUCAUAUGGUAGUCUAGAAUGAAGUUUCUGCCUCUGCAUUCUUUACAGAAAAAAAUGAUUUCCUUGCUACUCAUCUUUUAUUAUGACCAUCAAUUAAUUGAUUCACAAUUUUCAUUAUGGAUUUUUAUAAUGUGCCCUUCAUGUUUUUUUUGUUUGAAUCUUCCCACUUCAUUGGUUUUGACUAGAGGUGGGCAGAGUAGCCAAAAAUUGUACUCAAGUAAGAGUAGCAUUACUUCAAAAUAAUAUUACUCGAGUAGAAGUAAAAAGUACUCAUCCAAAAAAUUACUCAAGUAAGAGUAAAAAAGUAUUUGGUGAAAAGACUACUCAAGUACCGAGUAACUGAACAUUAUAAAUUAUUUAUUUUUUAGAAAUGUUGUAAUAAGACAGACAAAAAUAUAAAAUAAUGUGCAAAUUCUGCUAUUUCCAAAUAAUAAAAAAUGAGUACAAAUAAAUAACAUCUUUACAAAAUAAAGAUGCACAAAUAACACAAAGUUUCAAAUCUCAGUUUUUCACAACAAAGCUUUUGAAGUCAAUACCUACAGUAGGUAACAUGUAUGUUUGAACAGUGCCAACUACUUACAGUGACAAGAUAUACUGUACACUGACCGUAUAAUACUGCAUAUUCACUUUGUGGUGUAGCGGGUCCGCAGCUUCAAAAAAAAAAAAAAGGCCAGUUUCAAAUCCAUAAAGUCGUGUUACUGUUACUGUCCGUAGGCGCAAUUGCAUGACCGCGGGGAGUUAAUGAGGUAGUUGGAGUGAGUCACACCUGCACGUGCGGGUGCGAUCAUUCUCGAUUGCUUCAUUGGCUUUCUGCAGCGUGUGAUUAAGGCCCACGGAGACGGGAGUGUAUAUAUACAGGUCAGCACAAAAAAAAAAAAAAAAGGGG